AUGGCAAGGAUGCUACUCAGACCCGAGAGAGGGCCAGAUGGGACUGCUCCGUCCAUGGGCAGCGGACAUAUCCUGUGUGAUAAGCUGGGUCUUCUAGCUGCUCUGGCUGUUGCUUGUAUCGUCGACCACACUGGAGGUAGUGCAAGUUACCGCACUCAGGACGCCAGUGAGGGUCAGGCUGGUUAUGUCCAGGCUCAGGGUGCUGGCGAAACACACGGUAUGGGUCAGAAGUCACACGCCAGUGAGAGUCAACAAUCACACUCUGGUAUGGAGUCCCGGUCCCAGGGGCUGAAGCAGUCCAGUCAAUCCUACAGUUCUUCAUACAGCAGCGGAAGAAGUUCCAGCAGCCAAUCCUACAGUUCAUCUAGCAAGCAAACACAUGGUGAUGCCAUGAGGAAAUCCAGUUCCGCCUUGGAAGGCCAAGGUCAGCCAGACCGCGGUGAAGGUCAAGGGGGUUUAAGAGGUCUAUCCAGCGCUUCUGGAGCCGGGCAAUACAGCUCAAGGGGUCAUGGGAGUUCCAGCAGACAGUCGCAUAGUUAUAGUGGUCAAACUCAAGGCGGUUCUACGGGAAACUCCUCAAGCUCAGGGGGUCAGAGUAGUUCCAGAAGACAAUCGUAUAGCAAUGGAGGUCAAACUCAAGCCGGUUCUAUGGGCAAAUCCUACAGUUAUGGAGAUCAAGUUGAAGGAGGUACCAUGGGAAAAUCAUAUCGCUCUGGCGGCCAAAUUCAAGGCGGUACCAGAAAUCCAUCGAUGGGCAAUCGGGCUCCACUGGGAAGUCAUACGGCUCUGGGAUCACAGUUGAGCGUCAGGUUCAUGGAGGUUCCCGUGCUGGGUCACAACUGGUCAAAAAGAGCGAUGGACAGUCUUUGUUAUUUAAGUUGGAGUAUACAGACGAGCAGAGAAUUCAGCAUCUCAACAGCCAGCGUGAAGCAGCCAGGAGAACUGGAGGAGGGUACAGUGUAG